AUGCAGGAAGUUUGGCGCACAGGUACGGACUGGGACGAACCAGUAGCAGAACACUUAGUCGACCAAUGGUUUCGAUGGACGGAGCAGCUUAGACAGAUCAGCGAAGUACGAGUACCACGAUUCUACUUCCGAGGCACCGAUCUACCAAACUUAGGGAACGUACAAAUCCAUGUAUUCACCGACGCCAGUGAGGAAGCCUAUGCGUGUGUUGCGUACCUCAGAUUAGUUACCAGAGACGGGGGACGAUGUGCAUUUUUGGCAGCGAAAACGAAAGUUGCCCCCCUAAAGCCGCUCUCCAUUCCAAGAUUAGAGCUACAAGGAGCGAUGAUGGGAGCUCGACUGAUGCGAACCGUUUGCUCAGCUAUUACAUUCAAUAUCAGCCAACGCUAUUUGUGGACGGAUUCAGCGACGGUGUUGGCGUGGCUUCGAUCAGAAACUCGACGAUAUCAUCAGUUCGUAUCGUUUCGGAUCGGAGAAAUCCUAUCACUUACCAGGAUGGACGAAUGGCGGCACAUACCGUCGAAACUUAAUGUGGCAGAUGAAGCUACCAAGUGGGGUUCCGGACCGAACUUUGAGCCAAGUUGUCGUUGGUUUCAAGGUCCUGCUUUCUUGAGCGAUCCUGAAACACAGUGGCCAAAGGAAUCGAAAAAUAUUCCCCUGGAAACCAGAGAAGAACUUCGCGAAGUUGUCCUACACCAUUCGAGCGUUGUAGUAGGCAUAAUAGAUGUAGAGCGUUUUUCCAACUGGAACCGUCUGCUGCGUGCAAUGGCAUAUGUUUUUAAGGUAGCAUCGUUGGCUAAAAAGGUGAACAGGGACAGCGGUACCGGUUUGAGUAGAGAUGAACUCAUGAAGGCAGAAGUUAUACUAUGGCUUGAAGCACAAACGCAAGCUUAUCUCAACGAAGUGGAGUGUUUGCGCAAAAGAGCGGCACUAGGAAAAUCAAGUUCUCUGUAUCCGUUGACACCAUUUCUGGAUGAAUCAAAUGUUAUCAGAGUCGGUGGUCGCAUAGGAGCGGCUCCACUGGUUCCGUAUUCAGCUAAGUACCCGAUAAUCCCUCCAAAGGCACACAGGAUCACCAUGCUCAUCAUCGAUAGUUAUCAUCGGAAGUUUCUCCAUGCCAAUACGGAGACCGUAUGCAACGAAAUAAAACAACAGUUCUACAUACAAAGUCUGCGCACUCUCGUACGGAAAGUUAGUCGAAGCUGCCAAAUGUGCAAGAUCAGAAAAGCAGUUCCGACUCCACCGUUGAUGUCUCCACUUCCCGAGGUCCGGUUGACUCCAUUCACACGUCCAUUCACCUACGUGGGCGUGGAUUACUUUGGGCCAUUGGAAGUCACAGUUGGGAGAAGCGUUGUUAAGAGAUGGGUAUGCCUGUUCACGUGUCUUACGAUACGUGCAGUACAUCUGGAGGUUUGCCACAGUUUGUCCACGAAUUCUUGUGUUAUGGCUUUCAGGAGAUUCGUUGCAAGGCGUGGAGCGCCCCUGGAAGUCUACAGUGAUAACGGGACCAACUUUGUUGGCGCCAGUCGUCAGUUGUCAGAUGAACUUCAUCGUAUUCGGAAAAUCAACGAAAACUGUGCUUCGACCUUCACAAACGCUCAUACUAAGUGGUACUUUAACGUACCUGCUGCUCCGCACAUGGGAGGACCAUGGGAGCGUAUGGUUAGGUCGGUUAAAGUAGCUAUGAAAGCCAUUACUGAGAGUUCCCGCCAUCCGAGCGACGAGGUGCUGGAAACCAUACUGUUAGAAGCCGAAGGCGUAAUUAAUUCACGACCGCUGACCUAUAUUUCCCUGGAAACCGUGGACCAAGAGGCUCUGACACCGAACCACUUUCUCCUGUACAGCACCAAUGGGAUCAAGCAGCCUGUUACUUCUCCGGUCGAUGGCACAGGUGCUCUGCGUGAUAGCUGGAAACUGGCCCAACAUAUGGUGGAUGGGUUCUGGCGGAGGUGGAUUCACGAGUAUCUGCCGAUGCUUACGCGACGCACGAAAUGGUUCGAGCGAGUGAAGCCACUCGAACCAUGUGACGUAGUGAUUGUUGUGGACGAGAACACGAGGAAUCGCUGGGAGAGAGGAAGAAUUCUGGAGACCUUUCCAGACAAGGAUGGCCAAGUGAGACUGCGAGAGGAGUAUUUUCCAGACCUGCUGUUAAGCUAG